AUGCCGCUUCGAGUAUCAUCCCGGCGGCCCGCGGAAGCGCACACCCUGAAGAAAACCCCCCCUCAGCUCACCGCCGUCGGUUCGGGUUCCCCCUCCUCCCCGCAAGUACCCACCCCUUCCGCCGGUCUCUCCCCGCAAGUCGCCGUCCCCCGCUCCGCCUCCACCUCCGCUUCCAUCCCCGCCACUCAUUUCUACUCCGCCGGGCGGAGCUCUCCGCACUGCUACCCCAGCAGCGCCAGCGGCAGCGGCAAUAACAGUACCAAUAAUACCUCAAGAUCCGCCGCUAACAGCCCACAGCGGACGUUCUCCUCCGAUGCUGCUGCGUACAUCACGUCCCCGUCCCGCCGCCGAACCUCCUCGCCAGCCUCGGUAGCAAAUUCUCCCGCCGGGCCCGCCUCGUGCAAGGGCCGGGCGAGCCGUCUGGAGUGGGCCGGGCCGAGCUCGUCAGGCUCGGCAACACCAGCAGCAGCAAGCGGCGGGGGUGGAGGAGUGCGAGCAGGAUUGGGAGUUGCAUCAGCGGCAAUUAACUCGUUCAGUCCGCGCGUGGGCAGUGCCGUGAACGGUGCGGUGACCGGGAGUACCGCUGCUGACGGCAGCGGCGGGCGCAGCAGUUCGCACGGCACCAGCGCGCCUUCCGUAGCGAACGGCGCAGCGGACCCCUCUGCGCCAGGUGAAGGGAGCGCUGCUCUGUCAGACAAUCCCGCCCCCUUUCCCUCGUCCGCUUCCGCCUCCGCUUCCCCUUCCCCUUCCCGUUCCGCCAAGCACUGGCCGCUCGCCACCCUUGGACUUUCCACGUCAGCUGAUAACGUUGCUGUUGCGGCCUCUCCAUCUGCUGCUUCCGCUGGUGGUGCUAGUUCUUUCAGUGCAAGCCAUAUUGGUACCAGCAGUCCGGUAUCAGGUCGUCUCUCCUCCACAUACCGCCCUUCCACGCACCCCCAAUCCCCCAUCCGCCCAUCCGCUGCUUCCCCCUCCCCUCGCCCGUCCGCCGCUUCCCCCUCCCCGCGCCCUCCCCCGUACCGCCACGGCUGCAACUCCGCCGCUAUCCGCUUCUACGUGCGCGCAUUCCUGCACCUGCUCUGGUCGCUUGCCGCGGGUUGGGGCUUGGCGCUGGGGUCCAUGGUCGCGUCCCCGCGGGGGAAAGGCGUAGGCGCGCACGUGCGUCCCGCAGGAAGGCGCGCACAGGCGUACCGCGGGGCAGGCGGAUUCGGGGCGGGAUGGGGCGCGGGUUUCGGGGGAGGGGGCCUUGGCGGAGGGUUUGGGGGGUUGUGGGGCGGGGGAGGAGGGGGGAUAGGAGGAGGCGGAGCAUUUGGGUCUCUACCCGUGAUUCUAGGACUGGUGGUGACGUCGCUGCUACUCCUGAACCACGCAGCUCAUAUAAGGCAAUCCGCGUUAGAAGCAGCCACGGAGGGCACGAGCCGGUCGCGGCUGCUCGCGGCGCAGCAGCAGCGCGCGGCGGCGGUAGCAGCGGCAGCCGCAGCGGCCGCAGCCGCGUCAGGAGGCAAGGGGCCAGCAGGCGGCCGAGGGUUGGCUUUCGAGGGGAGAAUGGGCGCAUCCACGAAUCUAAACCCGUGUGUGGGCGCGGGUGGUGCGGAUGGUGGGGGAACAGCAUGGCGGCAAGGGGGAGGAGGCAGCGUGAGUGGGGCUGGCAGCAAGACGGGGGGUUAUGGGCGGAUGAGGAGGCUUGCUGACUGGUUUGGGUCGCUGGUAGGAUCCCGGACAGAUGCUGCUAUGGAGGAGGAGGAUGAGAGACGCAUGGCUAGGGCGAGGAUAGGCGACCGGGAAGCAGCAGGCAGCAGAGCGGGUGCACGAGCAGGGGCGAGCGCAGGAGCAUGGGCAGGGGGAGCGGAAAGGGUAGAAGGGGCAGGAAACGGAGACUCUGAGAAUUCCGACGAUCCGUCCUCUUCUGCUUCCUCUGUGCCAUGGUUCCCGCCAAUCCCGUCCUAUAUGAGCACGCCGCCUAUAGUCAUCUUUGCAGCGCCAGAGCCUUUCUCCACGGAACCCAGGGACCCCCAGCUCAUCGCCCUGCGCUCCUGGCUGCACCUGGCGCCAGCUGUCCGCGUUGUCCUAUUAGGCUGCGACGACAGCCUGGUCCGGGCGGCAGUGCAGCUCAGUGCCGCCCUGCCGGGCGCGUACCGGCAGGGGGGGUUUGCGCCAGUGGCGGCGGAUUUGGAGGUGGAGUGUAACCUGUUUGGCGUGCCGCUGCUAGGGUCGGUGUUGCAUAGGAUGGCGGCAGACGCUAUUCUCCUCUCUGACGUCGUCCCUUCUCUGAUCAAACUCGCCUCCUCCUUCCCCACUCCACCCCUUCCCCCAGCCACCCCCUCCUCCUCUCCUUCCUCCUCUUCCUCCUCCACCUCCUCCUCCGGCUCCACCUCCUCCUCUUCUUCCACUGCCGCAUCUGCCGCUGCUGCCACGUCAGACCGCCGCCCGCCGUCGUGGAUGGCAGCAGGCGCCAGCUGGCAGGUGGGCGGCGCGGAUGAGCUGGCUCUAGAUCUGGUCAUGGGCAUGGCCGCAGCAGCAGCAGGCGGGGGAGGAGGCGGAGGCGGAGGGGCAGGGGGAGGGGCAGGGGGAGGGGGAGCGGGAGGGGGAAACGGAGUGGGGGAAGUGGAUUUACCCGGGGUGAUGGGGGAGGGGGUGGAGGACCAGAGGGUUCUGGAGCGAAUGGCGGAUGGCGGAGGGAUGGAGGGGGAGGAGGAGGGGGGGGAGGGGGAGCAGCAGCAGCGUAUCGGGACGGAUGGCCAGGGGAAAGGCUCUGGGGGCGCGUCAGCGGGGGAUUUGACCGAGGAGGAGAGGGCGUGGGUGCGUGUGCAGGGGAGGGUGCGGCAGCGGGUGAGAGGCGGGGGGGUGUUGCAGACGCGAGGGGCGAGUAGCUGGUGGGCGUGGGGGGGAGGCGCGGCUGCUCUGCGCUGGUUUGCGUCCUCUCCCCGCCCGGUUCCGCCUCUUGCGUUUGGGCACGGGACGCUGUUUGAUGCUUGGAUCACGGCGCGCAUGGUGGCGGUUGGCAGGGGCGUUGCUGCAGCAGCAGUGGCGGCUGCAGCGCAACGGGCUGCCACAGCUACUGGUGGUGGUGGUGGUGGUGGUGAUUCUAAUGCCGGUGCUGCUGGUGGUGCUGGUGCUGCUGGGGUUGACGGGGCGGCGUUUGCAGAAUUAUCCCUCGCCGCAUGCUUUGUAGACAAUCCCAGCCCUGUUGGCUCGGUUGCCGGUGCUGCCAGCCUCCACCCGUCCCUCUCACUCAACCCGCACGUCCCCUCCAAUGCUCACUCACGCUCCGCUCUCACACCAUCCCUCUCCUUCUCUGCUACAGCUGCUGCUGCUGCCGCCUCAGCAGCAGCAGCAGCCGCGGCCUAUGCCGCCUCGUGCCCGCCUCCCUUUGUCGACGCCAGCGACGUCGUCACGUGCUUCCACCUGGCGUCGCGGGAUUGGGUGCGGCGGGUGCUGCCGAAAGGCCGGCCGUGGAGCACGGGGGCAGUGCAGGGGGGGAGGAAGAGGAGGACUUCACAAAUGGGCCGUUGGGAGCCUGCAGCUAAUGAGUUUCUACUAGCCACGGCUGGGUGUUUCGGGAAUGGGACCUGCGCAGGGGAUGGCAUGGGGGGGUUGGUAGGCGCAGGGGCGCUGGUGGGUAGAGGGAAGGGGGCGAGGGGGAGAAGAGGGGGGGUGAGUGCGGGGGAAGAGGAGGCGGCAGGUGUGGCGAUGUGGCUGGGGGGGGAUGGGAGGGAGCUGGCAAGGAAGAAUGGCACUGCGCAUCAUGGCACGUGGUCGCUCAUGGCGUGUGCUGAUACCAGUGCCAAUCACGUGUGUCUGAAGCCGCGCCUCCGUCCGGCCAUCUGCGCGUGUGACCUCGCACCCUUCACACCCGCCUCCCAGGGCGACCCCACCCUCAACGCCCACAACCGCUGGAUCUGCGAUUCCCCCGACGACCCCUCCUCACCCACCUCGCCCUCCCACGCACCGCACCCCACCGCUCUCAUCGACCCUGCUGCCGCCAAGGCAGCCACUGCAGCCCCGGCGAACGACCGUGCUGCUGCGUCCCUUCUCAAGCAAACCCCCGUAGUUCCCAUGGAAGAUGUGUUACCGCUCGUGGCCCUGCGGGAACCCGGCGGAGUGAAAGUCGUGGUGCUGGUUGCGGUGACCUUUGGCUACGCACACAUGCUCAUGAAUUUCUACUGUAACCUCCGUCGCCUCGGCUUGGGGAACCGGCUCGUGGUCGCGGCCCUUGAUGCUGAUCUCUACCGGUUUGCUUUCUCCCAGGGCCUUCCGGUGUAUUAUGAAGGCCCGGCGGCGGCGGGAGGGGCUGGGGGCGGCAGCGCAGGGGGGGUGAAGGUGGGGGAGGAGGCGUGCGAGUAUGGCACGCUGUGCUUUAAGAGGUUCACGAAGCUUAAGUCGCGAGCAGUGCUGCGUGCGCUGCGAGCCGGGUACUCAGUGUUAUGGACCGAUGUGGAUAUUGUCUGGUUCUCCGAUCCUCUCCGGGACCUGCUCAGGUUCGGGCCUGGGACGCUGCCGAUCCAGAGCAACGAGCCGGAUGCGGCGCGGCCUCCGCACGGGAAGCGUAGGAUUAAUUCCGGGUUUUACUUUGGGAGGAGUGACGAGGCGACGAUUGCUGCGUUUGAGGCGAUCGUGGCAGCGGCAGCCAAGACGGAGCUUUCAGAGCAGCCGAGUUUCUAUGAUGUGCUGUGCGGGGAGAAAGGGCAGAAGAAGGUGCGGGGCAAGGCGCAGUGCUUGUGGAAAGGCAUCAGUGUGACGAGUGCGGGUGGGAAACAGAAGACCACUCCGGUCGCCGUGCGAACCAUCUUUCUCGACAGAAAGAAGUAUCCGAACGGGGCUGUGCAUGGGUUUUGGGACGCGGCGAACGUGAGCGAGGCGUGCCGAGAGGCGGGCUGCGUGAUUCUGCACAACAACUGGAUCAGUGGGAGGGGCAGCAAGGAGAGGAGGCUGGCACGGCAUGGGUUCUGGCAGUAUGAUAUUGAUGGGCGGAAGUGUUUGGACCAACCGUUGAGUGAAGAGCAGCUAGUGACAGAAGAGGAGGCGAGAGCCGGGGGGAGUGGGUUUGACAGUGCUAAAGGGAAGAAAGGAAGUUGA